AUGUUUGUACAGACUAUCAGUCCGUUCUGUGAUUUCAAAUGUGACAAACGUCUUAAAAGUUUUAUUUUUGUUUCAGUACCCGCUCGUCUCGUCUGGGGUGUGCCAGGGAAGGACGUAGAGCUCCCUUGUGAUAUAACACCUGCUCUUCCCAACGAUAACGUAACGAUGCUUUUUUGGUUUAAGGAUAACUUAGGAAUGCCACUAUACAGUUUGGACGCAAGAUACGGCCCACUCGACAAGGCCUCUCAUCUAGCCAUGAGUGACGAUCUUGGAUCCCGAAGCUACUUCAUAACUGAAGAUGAGCCCAGAAGGGCGAGACUGAGAAUACAGAAUGUGAAUAUUUAUGACGAAGGUGUAUUUAGAUGUCGGGUUGACUUUGUUAAUUCGCCCACAAGGAAUUUUCAAGUCAACUUAACGUUAGUAGCCCAGCCAUCCGCCCCGAGAGUGUUUGACGCUGAAGGACGUGAAAUUAAAAUUGGCCAUUCCGCAGGACCUUUUUUAGAAGAACGUGAAUUGUUUUUGUCCUGUCAAGUAACCGGUGGUCGUCCCAAACCAAGCCUUGUCUGGUGGUUUAACGGUACAAUUUUGGACAACGUGAUAGAUUCAAGCAGGGAAUCGUAUACGACUGUAAAUCAACUUGUGAUAUCCUCUACUCCGAGGUACCUGAAGGGAGCUCAGAUCGAAUGCAGAGCUUCGUCGUCUGAGGCUGCCGGUUAUAUUUCUAGGGAAAUACCGCUCACAGUAUUUUUAAAGCCAAAUAAAGUAAAGAUAGUGACGCCGAAUGAUUUACUGUCCAUCAGCAAGUCGCAAAACAUAAGAUGCGAGAGUUCCGGUUCUUAUCCACCUGCCAAACUAACGUGGCUACUUGAUGGAAGAGCCAUUAGGAACGCCGUUGUUACAGAAGAAGAAACAGAAAGUUUCACAGGAAGCAUUUUAUCGCUUAAUGUGGCAUCAGACGACGAUGGCAAGGAUCUCGUGUGUCGGGCGGACAAUCCAAGAUUUCCCGGGGGACAUGCUGAGGAUCGGAGACAGAUACAUGUUGCUUAUCCUCCGAGGGUUUCAGUUGAAUUAAUAGAAGUACAAAAUCCCGUCAAAGAAGGUACCGAUGUUUCAUUAAGAUGUAAAACGUCAGCAAGUCCUCCAGCUGAAAGUUAUAAUUGGUACCACAAUAGUCAUCUCAUUGUCCACAACGUAACAGCAGGAAUUAUGCCGCAAGAAGACAAACUUUUUAUCAAAAAUGUCAAAGAGAAUUUAGCAGGUCAUUAUGCAUGUUCUGCUACAAAUGUAGAAGGAGAAACGUAUAGCGCACCGCUGGAACUCGUUGUCCAAUUUGCACCUCGAUGCAAGAAAGGCUACGAAGCAAUGCGGGUUGGUGCCCUUCCCUUCGAAACGUUGGUUAUUCAAUGUCAUGUUGACUCGAUCCCCGAAGUAUCCCGAUUUUCUUGGACCUACAACACCAGCCGGGGCGUUCUGCCUGUCCAAGGAGGAAAGGUGGAUAAUCAGGGUAAUGUCUCGAUAUUGAGAUUCACACCUGGAUCGGACGAUGUCGAAUCGUUGGCAUGUUGGGCUUCGAAUAGGGUCGGAAGACAAGAGAGGCCAUGUCUGUUUUUUAUCAUUCCUGCGGAAGCUCCGGAAUCGCCGAGAAGUUGUCUCGUAAGAAACGCUACAAAUGGAGAGGGCUUGGAGGUGUCUUGUAUUGCCGGCAAAGAUGGCGGUUUACACCAAAGUUUCGUACUGGAAGUUUUCGAUAUUUCGGCGCCCUCCGAUCCACAAGCAGGCGUCACUACGCUCAGCGAUCAAGGUGAUCUAGCACCUCCAAAAUAUCGUGUUCUAGGAGAACGUCCGCUAUUCAGGCUGCAUAAUCUUCAACCAGGAAAAGAUUAUCAAGUGUCAGUUUAUGCAGAAAAUGCCAAAGGAAAAAGUUACCCACCUGUGAUAUUAUCCAAUGUUAGGUUAGAUAACCAGCUCACGUCUUUGUUCUUCAAUACGGAAGACGUUUCCUCUUCCAACCCCACUGCUGAAACGUCUACAUCAAGCGUGAACCUCACAGUCAUCGUUGUGAGCUUGGCUGCAGCUGCAGUUGUUCUCAUAGUUAGCAUAAUUUCAGUAGCGGCGAUCUUGGCUUGUCGAAGACCCAGGGGCGUCACAGCAGUUAUCAGGAGACGCAGUAGACGAAGCAGCAAGCCUCCAGAAGAGUUCGAACUAUCCGAUGAUGGUUUCGGAGAGGGAUUCCAUAGAAGAAGUGCUCAGUAUAGAGCUAGUAUGUAUGGGGAGUGCGAGGAGAGGAUAUCCAGGAUGAUUGAAGAAAAAAUUGGUGGUUGA